GAUUUAAACUCUUUAUCUUUAAAUUAUAUAUGUAUAGAGCAAUAGACCAGCAUUAGAGCAGCAAUGUGAGGCUGUAAUAUCCAAAGGGAGUGCAGGCAGUAGAGUUCAUGAUACAGUAACUUAGUGACCUCCUGUGAUUACAGGAAAGCUUGUGUAAGGCUGAAUAAAGCUUAAGGUGUGUUCACACAACCAGCAACUUUGUUGCUGCAUGUUGCCAGUGGCUGGCAGUCAGCUUACAAGUGGACGUUCCUGCUACUGGUUGCCUAGGAACUUUUAUGAUUGGCAUUCACAGAUGUUGUAGACAACAAAUCAGUUUUCUGACACUAUAGACAAGUUUUUUUGGAAGGAAAAGACUAAAUAUUAAUGGAAUCGAGACAUAAAAUGCUUAAUAAAAAAGAUGAAUGAGAAACAGUAAGUCCUCUUUGCCAUUGCAGUUAUUUAUCAGCAUCUAAAACACAAGUGUAAGUCUGGGUUCACAAAACAUUUCACAAAGUCAGCACAGCAAGUACCACCAUAUGCUCCUCAGACUUCGAUCAAGAUGGCGCCGCAGAUGGCUGCCUCGGUUUGUUGCCCCUCCGUACUUUUACUGUUUUUGUUUGUUUGUCCUGUCUUAAGCAACGUUUUUCGAUCAGCUUCUCUAGAAACGAGCUCUUGGACAUAAGAAAUAGCACACCAGAUAACUUUUUGCCAACGUUUGAACAUUCAGACGUUUUACUGGACAUUUUAGUCGAAGGGGCUGCGUUCCUAUACAAGUGCUCCAAGCGACGCAAGCGAGGGAAGUGCGCCGGCGUGCUCAUGAAAUUCCGACAGCGUGGUCUUAGGACUUCGUUGCCGAGCAUUCAUCUGGUGAAUCUCCGCUAGGGCUGGGCCGAUAAACGAUAUCAUAUCGAAUCGCGAUUUAUUUUAUUUUAAUAACGAUGAUAAGCUCUAGACAUUUUUUGCUCGAUAUGGAUUAAUCUAAGAGCCAAUCACACAGCAGAACAAUACGACAACAGCCAAUCAGCGUGCAGCUUGCGCGUGCCGUGCACGUCAAAGUUAAUUUCCUACCGCACUUUGCGAAGCAAACUUGACACCAGGACGACAAAAAAAUUAGUGGAAGCAGCGACGAAAGUGAAUCUAACCUCGAGUUAUUAUCCAAAGAUGUUGAAAUUGUCGACAAAAAAGGUAGCACGAAUUCCGUUAUAUGGAAGUGGUUGGCUAUCUGAAAAAUGACGAGGCACAGAUUAAAACGAUCUGUAAAAUAUGUCGUCGUUUUGUGAAAACCAAGACUGGCAACACAACCAACCUAUUCCAUCACCUAAAAAAGCAUCACCCAAACGACCACACUGAAAGCAUGAAAAUGCGGGCCGAUGCUACUCCGUCAACUAGCAGGGCUAGCAGUGGGGCUGUACCAAAGCAGAAAUCGAUCGUGUCGUCUUUCGUGGCCAUUACACCUUAUGAAAGGUGUUCCAAAAGGAGCAAGGAUAUAACCAGGGCCGUUUCUAACUUUCUAGCGAAAGAUAUGAUGCCCCUAAGCACAGUAGAACAAGACGGGUUUAGGAAAUUAGUGAAAGUGCUUGACUCCAGGUACGAACUCCCUGGCAGAAAAUACUUUUCCAAAACCGCACUACCUCAGCUGUAUGAAGAGUGCCGCGGAAAGCUGGAAAAUAAUCUAAGGAACGUGAGAUACUUUGCCACUACCACCGACCUAUGGUCCAGCCGCACAUCCGAGCCAUAUUUGAGCCUCACCAUUCAUUACAUCGACGAGGACUGGGGUCUGCAAUCAAGAUGCUUGCAGACUGCAUAUUUUCCAGACGACCAUACUGCGGAAGUACUUUCUGCGGGUCUGGAGGAUGCACUCGCAUCUUGGGGCCUUAGCGAGGACCGCCAGGUGUGCAUUACAACGGACAACGGCGCAAACAUUGUUAAGGCUGUCUCACUUUAAAACUGGACUCGCCUGCAGUGUUUUGGUCACCGGCUGCAUCUAGCCAUUGAGGGGAGUAUGAGAGACCAGAGAAUCCAAAGAGCCAUGGGUGUGUGCAAAAAAGUGGUCAGUGCUUUUUCCUUCUCGUGGAAAAAGAAACGCGAACUAGCGGCCACUCAAGAGGAGCUCAAGCUGCCAAAGCACAAGUUGAUCACAGAAUCACCGACCAGGUGGGGGUCACGCCAUGCAAUGAUAGCACGAGUGCUAGAGCAGGAGAAGGCCAUUGCAAAAGUUUUAUCAGCUGAUAAAAAAACAAGGCACUUGGCUCCCUCAUGGCAGGAUAUUGAGGUUCUGGAGUCUGUGUGCAAGGCUCUAAACCCACUUGCUAAUUUCACUGAUGCCCUUUCUGGUGAAAAAUAUGUGAGUGUGUCAUACCUGAAACCUGUACUGCAUCUUUUCAAUGAGGAGGUCUUGAAACCUGUAGCUGAUGACUCAGAACUCACAAAGACCAUCAAGGCUUCUGUCAUCAGCUAUCUGAAUGAGAAAUAUGACAAUGCUGCCACUGAUGACCUUUUGAGCAUAGCAUCCCUUGUUGAUCCUCGUUUUAAGAAACGCUACAUCAAAGAUGACAAGCUUGAGGCUGUAAAAUCCAGAGCUGUGGCUCAGAUGUUGGAUGAAUGUCAGAGCACAUCGCAAGCUACUCCUGAAUUCCCAUCCACUGCACUGGGAGGAGGCAAAAGUGAUGGUGCUGAUGCUACACCAGCCAAACUGCAGAAGAAGACACUGGGCAGCUUUUUUAAGUCCUACACUAAGUCUGCUGCAACAUCUGGUCUCACAGAACAGCAGGCUAUUGAAACUGAACUAAACAGCUACCUGCAAGCUCCUGAUGCAGACAGUGAGACCAACCCCCCCUGGUAUGGUGGAAGAUCAAUGCAGCGACAUUCCCCAGAGUGAGCCUCCUGGCAAAACGUUACUUGUGUAUUCCUGCCACCAGCUCACCCUCAGAGCGCGCUUUUAGCACAGGUGGUAAUGUUGUGUGCUGCAACAGGGCAGCUUUAAAGCCAGACACAGUGGACAGACUAGUCUUUCUGGCAAAAAACCUGUAAACGUUUUACAAAUUGAGUGCAUUAGCUAGAAAUUGAUUUUUGUUUACCUUUUAUUUAAUGUACCUCUUAAAGUCACUGUUCACAGACUAGUCUUCCUGGCAAAAAGAGAGUUUUACAAAUUGUGUGCACUUGCUAGAAGUUGAAUAUUUUUGUUUACAUUAUGCACAUUUAAUGUACCUCUUAAUGCCAGACACUGUUUACAGACUAGUUUUUCUGGCAAAAAAUAGAAAAAUAAAUAAGAUAAUAAUGUGAAAGUUUUACAAAUUGUGUUCACUAGCUAGAAGUUGUAUAAUUUUAUGUUUUGCACAUUUGACCUACCUCUUAAAGUCAGACACUGUGGUCUAAUUCUGUUAUAAAUUGUGUUUUUACAAUAAUUUUAUGUUUACAUUUUGUACAUUUACUGAUUUACCAUACUUUGUCACAACUUUUAUUUAUUUUUUUUAAUU